AUGUCUCUGUGUGGACACGUGCCAAAAGGCAAAUAAGAAAAAGAGAGAGAACAAAAAAAUAGCUCUCUCUCUAUAUCCGGCGUCAGGAUUACGUCACUUUCCGUCACCUGUCUCUUCUUCAAACUUCAAUAUGAUUUCGUUGGCUUGAAGUUAAAGGGUAACAUAAUUAAUUGUUCCUCCACAAAAAAAAAAAAAGCAGACUUAAGUUAAAUUAAAUUUUCAUCUUUUUUUAAUGUUUAGUUUUCUGGUGAGCGAUGCUCUUUAACUACCCAUUCCGUUGGGUCUUAUGAUCUUUAUUGAUAAUUCGGAAUCUGAGGUUUUUUUUUUUUUUUUUGUGGGCUUGUGAAAUUUCAUGUGGGGUUUGGAUUUUAGUGAUUUGAUGUUGUUGUGUUAAGUAGGCAUCUUUGGACAGAGUUAGAAAGUCUAGGUUUUUUUUUGUUUUGUUUCUUGUGUGUUCGGUUCUGAUCAAUGAAGAGAAUAAUUGGGAGUCCUGGAACCAUGAGUGGGCUGAUACUGAGAUUAGGGCAAUGUGCUACUGCUGCUGCUUCCAUCGGUGUUAUGGUUUCUGCUUACGGCUUCUCUAAUUACACUGCUUUCUGCUUCUUAGUUGCAUCAAUGGGUCUUCAAUUGAUUUGGAGCUUUGGACUUGCGUGUCUUGACGUGUAUGCAAUAAGGAGAAAAAGUGAUUUACGAAGCCCCGUCUUAUUGAGCCUAUUCACUGUUGGUGAUUGGGUCACUGCACUUCUAGCUCUUGCAGCUGCGUGUUCCUCUGCAGGAGUUACGGUUUUAUUCACUAAAGACACUGAGUUUUGCAGUCAGCAACCAGCUCUCUCUUGCAAUAGGUUUCAGAUUUCUGUCGGUUUAUCUUUCCUUAACUGGGUUUUGGCUGCUAUAUCCUCUCAUGCAAUGUUUUGGAUCUUGAUAUGACAUUGUACAAAUCCAUCUUUCUGAUUUUACAAAUAUCCAUUUCUUCCUUUAAAUUGUGUUUUCUCUUUUCUUUUA